GACUUCUUCCCCCCUCUUUUUUUUUACAGCGAUCGCCAUUUAAGGAUGCGAAAGUGACGUCGCGCCUCGCGCUGGAGACGUCGAAAAUAAAACGCGACGCGAUGCAAAUUGCGUGCAAGCGCGCCUGAAACUGUGCCAAGUUGAAGCCGCGUAGCUUCGACGCGGCGCGUGGGAUCUGUUCUAUUGAUAUCCGCCGAAAGACGCCGCAAUAUGCUGCGCUCGCCCGAAAACCUUCGGGCCGGGACGCGCAACAUACCGCUCUCCCAUUGGCAUGUAUCUUCGGAUCGAAGCGGCGAUAAUUCGUUGUUUACCGGCGUCCUGUUUACCGCAGAAGUCGCGCUCGCGCGCCACUAGUGAAGCACCGGGUAAUCCGAUCGUAAACUUUAUCGAAGAUACGGGCCUAUCGAGAAUGGGCGGUGGACGAUAAGCGCACCGGGGAGAAGCGAUUGUUACGUACAAUCGGAGCUCUCGAGGAUUGUAUAUAUUUAUAGAAUAGGCACAUCCACGCGUAACUCAUAUAUAUAUAUCGGAGCGCGCUGCAAUAAAAUUACACUCUCGCGCGACACGUGGCAGACAAAAGAAUGCUGCGCAACCCGUGGUCCCUUUGUGCUCUCCUGUCGCUGGCCACUCUGGCCCCGGCGCUGGAGAACGGCCUGGCCAGGACGCCGCCGAUGGGAUGGCUGGCCUGGGAGAGAUUCAGGUGCAACACCGACUGCAAGAACGACCCGGACAAUUGUAUUAGCGACCGCCUCUUCCGGACCAUGACGGACAUCGUGGUGGCCGAGGGCUACGCCGCGGCGGGAUACGAGUACAUCAACGUGGACGACUGCUGGCUGGAGAAGGAGAGGGACUCGAACGGGCAGCUCGUACCGGACAGGGAGCGAUUCCCAUAUGGCAUGAAGAGCCUGUCGGAUUAUGUGCACUCCAAGGGUCUCAAGUUCGGUAUUUACGAGGACUACGGUAACUACACCUGCGCCGGAUACCCGGGUAUAUUGGGCUACUUGGACAUAGACGCUGCCACAUUCGCCUCCUGGGACGUGGAUUACGUCAAGCUGGACGGAUGUUACUCGCAUCCCGUCGACAUGGACAGAGGCUACCCCGAGUUCGGGUUCCAUCUGAAUCAGACUGGGAAGCACAUGAUAUAUUCCUGCAGCUGGCCCGUCUAUCAGAUCUACGCCGGCAUGAAGCCCAACUACACGCUGAUCGCGGAGCACUGCAAUCUCUGGCGCAACUUCGACGACAUCCAGGACUCCUGGGCAAGCGUGGAGACUAUCAUCGACUACUACGGUAACAAUCAGGACGCGAUUGUACCCAACGCCGGCCCCGGGCACUGGAACGAUCCGGAUAUGCUCAUCAUCGGCAACUUCGGCCUGAGCUACGAGCAGAGCAAAACGCAAAUGGCGAUCUGGGCCAUACUCGCGGCGCCGCUGCUCAUGUCCGUCGAUCUCCGGACGAUCAGGCCAGAGUACAAGGCCAUUCUGCAAAACAAGAAGAUUAUCGCCGUGGACCAGGACACGCUGGGCAUUCAAGGUCGACGGAUAUACAAACACAAGGGCAUUGAAAUCUGGGCAAGGCCCAUUACCCCAGUCUACCAAAACUACUACUCGUACGCGAUCGCGUUCGUCAACAGGCGGACGGACGGCACGCCGUCGGACGUGUCGGUCACGCUGAAGGAGCUGGGUCUGCAGUAUCCCGGUGGAUACCGAGUGGAGGACCUGUACGAGGACGUGGAUUACGGAGUGCUGACGCCGCAGACCAAGAUCAAGGUCAAGGUGAACCCGUCCGGCGUAGUGAUACUCCGAUGUAAUCUGAACAUAGACGACGUGUUCCGCUACUCGCAGUUUGCGCCCUUUAAUCAGGUCUUUAAAGUUAGGCAAAAUUCAUUCGAAUGACCGCGCGUCUAACGUAUUACCUUAAUUUCUAUCGGCGCUAUCAUAUGCGCGCGUGCGUGCGCGCGCGCAUCACGUUCAAUAUUAACAUAAUCUAAUAUAUAAGGAAGAAUAGGAAAUAAAGAAUUUUGUAAACUUUA